CGCGCAUGUAAUCAUCGUCGCGACGACCCGCCGCCGACUCACCUACACAAUUAAAAUGGCGGAACGUUAUCAACACAACAGAAGAUGUCAUUGACGCUUUCCGUUGUUUACGAUGCCUAAUCCGAUUCGUUAGGUAGGUAGUUUUUCCGUCCGUUCGGGAUCGUUGCUGCGCCCAACCGUUUGCGUGUUCGACAAGGUCUAGGGACGACGAUGCGCGCGCGCGCGUCCCAAGUGUUUUGGACUUCUUGCCGUCGGACGGUCACAACCACUGUUCGGCCAGCGGCUGCUUCGAUUGUCAUCUGUGCGUGACCGUGCGUAACUCAGCCCUUUCCCGAAGUCGCUCAGGUCUUCGUGUUGCAAGUUAAUGUUAAAAAGGCCCGUCGUCGUUGUUGUUGUUGUUGUUCCCAGGUACAAUGACAGUCUCCAGCCAAUAAGAUUGGUGACGGACCAUCUGACCGAACGGCUGAACCUUGAUAGUGCAUGUGCAUUGCCGUUGGCUAAUUCAGGUUCUGCGUACUUCGAACCGAAACCGAUCAAACCGACAAAGAAGGGCCGGCCAGGGACUGGACAACAUAUUCGGCUUGCGGCCAAAAAAAAUAACCAGAAUGACGUGACAACGAUGAGCAACAAUCUCAUGUUUCGAAGUAUGUUUUUUAUGAACGAAGAAGCUAGACAUUUCUUGGCGCCGCCUAUACAAUUGUCUACGACUGAUGGAGAGUAUUUCACUCGAAAAACCGGAAAUCCAAAUUUAAAUACACACCAUCAACAGCAACAGCAGCAAGCCGUUGCAGCGCUUGUUAAUCACGAUUCUAGUUCUAGUGUUGAAAUCAAACCGUUACAACCCCCAAAAGCACGUCCUCACGGGUGUGAAGAGUGUGGCAAAACGUUUCUAAUGAAACAUCAUUUGUCAACUCACAUGCGAGGUCAUACUGGUGAGCGGCCUCAUAUUUGCCCGGAAUGUGGAAAGACUUUUGCUCUCAAACAUUGUCUUAGUACUCAUUUGCUAUUGCAUAGCUCGGAACGACCAUACAAAUGUUUAGAAUGUAAUAAAAGUUUUACCUUAAAACAUCAUUUGGUAAGUCAUGAAAGAGUACAUACUCGAGAUAGACCAUUUGAGUGCCCUGAAUGUCGCCGUCGAUUUCCUCAGAAACGUCAUCUUACUACUCAUAUAAAAUUCCACUCUGGUGAACGACCAUACUCUUGUUCUGUUUGUGGUGAGACAUUCUCGCGUGAAGAACAUCUAGUCAUGCAUUCAAGAUUCCACGGAGGAACACAACCAUUUGUGUGCCCGGACUGUGGAGCUGCAUUCUUGCGUAAAUUUGAAUUGGUCAACCAUGAACGGCAGCAUGGCCGUAUACCCGAAUCUUGCCCCGCUUGUGGUAAAGAGUUUUUACAGAGACGCACAUUAUUGGUCCACGUAAGAAACUGUGGACUUAACUCGUCAACACCAGUACAUAGAUCUCCUUAUACCGCAACUGCGAGCAAAGCAUGCCGUGAAUGUGGUGAAACAUUUGCUAGUGAUGAAGGAUUAGCACUUCACAUGCGAUUACACAUUGGUGACCAUAGUUUCCUAUCCGAUAUUUGUAGUCUAGCUGCUACGUUGAAACAAAGUGUACAAGGUGUAUCAAAUGGUAUUGCCAAUGUACAAAAUCAUCACCAAUCACAACAUCAAACUGGUGUUGUGGCCAAUAAGAAAUCUCACUAUUGUGGAGAUUGUGGCCGUGGCUUUACUCAAAAACAUGGCUUACAACAGCAUCACGUAAAAUACCCAAAUGCCACAUGUAAAGAUAAACCCUUCGCUUGUCAAAAAUGUGGUAAAAGUUUCAUGCAAAAAAAUCACCUUGUACUACAUGAACGGCAACAUAUGGAUCCACCACCGUCUAGAAAUCGUAAUGCUACCACCUCAGCUGUCCAAUCCAUUCAACAUUUACAGACUGAACAGGUUGGCUUGCAGCCAACUCCUCUUCAUACAACCAUCCUGGGACUACAGCCUAUUAGGCAUAUUCAAUCUGGUAGUCAACCUCAACUUUUAAGACAUCCCAGUGAGGCCCAUUCAGGGUCAUAAUAACUGCUUUAUUUUAUACUUAGAUUUUUUUUUUUUUAAUUUAAAAAAAGGUCUAUAUUUUCUUAUCUAAAUUGCAGUUAUUCAUUGAAUUUUCUUGAACUCAAAUCCCAAAAUAUAUUAGUGGUAGGGGUUUAAUUCAUCAGAGUAUACGUUUAAUAUAUUUUGAAUACCUAAAUGUAUUAUUUUAUGCAUGAAUGCAAAACAAUUUAAACAUUUAUUUUUGAACUGAAAAAAUACAGCGUCAUCAGGAUUUAAGCGUUUGUUUUUUUUUCAUUAGUUUUUUUUUUUUUGCUUGCUCUUCAAGUAAAUUGUUUACUUAAAUAUCAAAUCUAUUUAAAUGUAUAAUUACUUAUAUUAAAAAAAAAAAAAAAUUAGUUUCAUUAUUACAAUUAGAACUAUUUUAUUAAAAUGUAUUAAUAUUAACAUGAAUAUAAUAUUAUAAUAUGUAUUAUCAUUGUAUGCUGCACUAAAGGUUCAAUGACGGCCGAAUUGGUUUUCAAUCCAUACAAAUCAGCGUAACAAAAAUUGGAAGUUAAUUUUUUUGCAGCUAUUCACUUGGAAAGGAUUUCCUACUUAUAUAUUUGUUUGUCUAUUUGAGUAAAAUACGUCCUCAUUUCGAUAGUACAAUUAUGUACCAACCAUACUAUGAGUUUGUAAAUUUUGUGAUUUUUUUUCUUAAUUUUUUUUUUUUUAUACCUAAUCAAAUUUAUAUAGGUAGACUUAUUAGACAAAAAAUUAAAUUAAAUUAAUUUUUCUGGAUCUUAUAUUAGUGUGUAAAAUAUGAAUAUAUUAAAUGUGUGUAUUAUUGUUCGAUAAAUAGUAAUACGCAUGCAUUGAAUUGUAAUAAGUAAAAAAAUCCCAAGUUUUAAUGGGUGCUACUAAUAUGAUGUAAAAAUACUUAAAU